UUUAAUGUAAAUAAUUAAGAAAUGAGCGAUGCUAGCCCUACUUAAAACACUUAAAUAGAUGAAAUUUUAGAAAAAAAUGAUUAAAAGUAAGCUUCAAAGCCUAAAAAAAUAAUUAAUUCCUCAGAGGUCUUGUUGCUGAAUAAAUACUUGAGGCAAAAUAAAGAUAUAAUAACUUAACAAAAUUAUUAAGAAGUGGCAUACAUUCUGACUAAACUUCCUAUCUUUGAAUAUGUUUAUUCGAUUAAAGGAAUCUAAUUUAUUACUGAGUUUCUUAAAACUGGAAAGCUAUUAGAAAUAAAUGAAAAUGAUUAUACCAUAUUUGAAAAUAAACCAAAUUAUAAGCAGCGUUUCUUUUUACUUAUUAAAGGUUCAGUUGCGUUUGAAGGUACUAUUAAGAAAAAUAAUAAACAAGAUAUUUUAAGUAAAUAUUCUCUUAAACAAUUUGAAAUGUAAUCUUAGGUUUUCUUAACUUCUAACUAUAAUGAUAACAAUUAAAAUAAGAUUGAAUAAAAAAAUGAUGUUAAGAGAUUGAAUAGUUAAGAGUCUGAAUAUGAUAUAGAUUUCGAUGACACUAAAAGUGCUUUAUUUAGAUUAGAUACUAAAAAUUCUGAUACAGAUUAUGAUGAUGAUUGCAUAUCGAUUUCAAGUUUUGGUACUGCUUCCAAAAAAUCUUUGUCUCCUCGUUAGCAAUAAAAUCAUGAAGCCUUUUUGCCUAGCAAAUUUAAUGGUUAAAAAUUAUAAGUCAAUAAAAACUCUACAUUUAAUCAAAAAAGAAGAAAAUCAAAUUAUUUACACAGUAGCGAAAUUAAAGUAAGGGAAUAAGUUAUUGAAAAUUAAAGUAAUCAUUUUUCAAAUUAGGAAAAUUAAAUAAGUGAAAAUGAUUAAGAUUUUAAAAACCAAAUAGGUAAUAAUUAUGUUAUUUAAGUAAACAAACCCAACGAUAGCACUCCUUAAAACUUUAGUGAAAGAAAUGAUUAAAGUCAUAUUUCUAGAAAAAGCAGUUAAAAUAAUUUAGAUUUUUAAUAAAAUGAGUAAUAAGUUUCUAGCCUUUAACAAUUCUUAAAUUUAAAUUCUGAUAAGAAAAUUUAGAGUUAAAGAGUAAUUUAGAUACCUAGUUCUGAAAGGUAAAAUAAGAUAAGAAGUAUUUCUUAAGCUUCAAAAAGAAGAGACUCAAAUGUUACCAGUUUUAGUUAAAAUCAGAGCAAGUUUAGUAACAGUGGAUCAAAUGAUAUAUAAUCUAGUUAAAUCGAUAGUCAAAGGUCGUAGAAUUAAAAAUAUGGAAAUCACUUAUUCGUUCAAAAUAAAUAAAAAUCUUGUUAAUCAUCUAUUAUGAAAAAAAGGUCUAGUUUGAUUAACUCACUUAAACAAUCAAAUAAUAAUAGCAUCAAUUCUUCUUAAGUAUUAAACGAGCAUUAAAAUUCAUAAAAAUCAUUAUUUAAAGGACCAAACAGAUCAAAAAGCUCUUAAAAAAAGUAAAAAAAAACUCAGUAAAUACAAUUAAUUGAGAAAUUUAAAACAUUAAAUGCAGUGGGCACUUUUGGUCACAAACUUAAAUAUGGGAGAUUCAAAAUACAUAGAAUAGUGACAUCAUCGGACAAAUGUGCUUUAAUUAGUUUUGAUAUGAAAGAUUUCUAAGAUCUCAUUUAUGGACUAGAUGAGUCAGACCCAAAGAUCAAGCAAAUUUAAUCCAUAAUUAAUAAGCAACACUUAUUUAAAGGAUGCUCCUUUAGAUAAAUUAAUAAUUUAACUUUGAAAUCAAGAAAAAUAUAACCAUUUAAAAACGAAAUUAUAUAUAAUUAAAAUGAUAAAUCAAAAGGACUUUACUUCAUACUAAAAGGGGAAGUAAAGAUAUUAAUAGAUGCUAUUGAGGAUUUUAUUGAUAAUUAAUAAACUCUGCUUAAAAACCAACCAAAUAGCAAGAAGACACUAGUUUCAUUUUAUAAACAAGAUAGGGCUAGCAAUAAGUCUAUUUCAAUUCCGAUAUCAGGUUUCUAGCAAUAAGAAGAAAGUUAACCCCAUGAGCUGUUUAUACAUAAAAAUAAGAAUAAAUUUUAAAGUUCAUAAUUGAAAUUUAAUGAGUAGCAUAGAAAAGAAGUAGGAAUUUUAAACGAAGGUAACUUCUUUGGGUUAGAAGAUUUAGUACUUGGCUAAGCUAGAUCUUGUACAAUUUAGGUCAAUGGUAAAGAGGCAGAAAUACUAUACAUACCGUUAGACUCCACGGAUAUUUUUACAUACUUAGAUGAUGAAGAAAAAAACAACAUAAUAUUGAAUGCAGAGGAAACUAUUGUUUAAAGAAAAGCUAGGGCAAUAUGUAACACAUCUUACUUAUCAAACAAUCAAUUGUCAAAUUCUUAAGUUGUAGGAGUAAAUCAGAUACCGAACGACUUAAAUUGCAGUAAGUAUGCCCAAACUUAACAGAACUUUAAUCGAUAAGUAAAAUAAGAAAAUACCAGCUUUGCCAAUAAUUGUAAUAAAACUAAUAGAAGUUUAUCCCCAGCAACUUAAUAAUCACCAUAUAAAUAGAAUCAAAAUAUGUGUAUUUCUGAAGAAGCAUUGCAAUUCAAUUCAAAAUCAAAUGCUGCUUUCAAAGAAAAUAACAAUUCAAAUAUACAAAUACCAGCUAGAUUUUCAAAAGCCGCUAAGAUAGAUGAUAUGAUUUAAAGGUAUCCAAAUCAACAAUCUAGAGUAACACCAAAAAAAUAAUAAAUAGAAGUUAUGAUUAACAAUAUGUUUUUAGCAAACGACUAAACCACUAGUGAUUAAAAUAAAUCAAUUUAGACUAUGAAUUCAUAAAAGCAAAACACUGUAAAAAAUUUACAAAUAAAUCAGCUUUUAAAAACAAACAUUAGUUUAAUAGUAGCUGGAAAUACCCUAAACAAUUUACAAAGCACGUAGUAGGAAUAUAAUGAAUAAGUAACUCAGUAAACUCAAUACCUAGAUAAAGAUCAGAUUUAUGACUUACAAAAUAAAAAAGUUUCAAAUAAAUAAGAUUAAGAUGAUUAAACAGCAGAAGAACUUAUUGAUAAUUAAGACAAAAUGAAUGAUUUAAUUUAAUACUACAAUCAGAAAUAAAUUUAGGAUGCUAAAUCUUUAAAAAUGAAGAGGAGAUCUCUGUCCUGCUUUUUCGAAGGCGAAAAUGCUAAUGAUAGCACCAAUUAAAAUGAUAAAAUUGAUAAAUAAGAUUGCAACAAAUUAAAACAAGCUACUACUUUAGAUCCUAAUGAUAUAAAGAAUGAAAAUAUUAUUUGGAAAAAGGACAUAAUUAUGUCUAACACAGAGUAUAAUCAUUUAAAAAUCUAAUUACCUUCUUAAACAAGCAUUAAUUAAUAAAAAACCCACACAGAAUAAUCAUCUAAAUUCUCUGGUAAUUUAAUUACUAAUAUGAAUUAGAGAGACAUUUAAAUUAAUUAGUAAGACAACAAUGAAACUGUAUCUUUUUCAAACAAUUUAAUUAACAGUAAUCUCAGUGUAAAAUAUUCAAAUCCUGUUUCAAUAUAAAAAAAACUAGAUGACUCAUUAAAAUAUCCAAACAAAAAGAUAGAUCUUGUAAGUAACCUUUAGCUUAAUACAAAAUAAAAAAGUGGUAUUCCUUUAGCUGAUGAAAAACUAAAUUCAAUAACUAAUUAAUAUAUUUAAUUAAAACUACCUAUCAAAAAUAGUAAACAAAAGUCUCGAUAAGACUUGGAAUAAACUCCCUCAGUAAAUUAUAUAAGCUAAAAGAGCAAUUAUAGGUACUAAUAAAAAGAUAAAGCUAAAUCUUUAUAAAGCUAAUCAAAUCCUAUUACAGUAAAGAGCUAAGACUAAGGAUUGUCAUAAAAAAUACCACAAUAUGGAAACCAAGUAAAUGAAAAUGUUUGUUAAAUUAGAACAGCUCUUUCUACAGCUUAGAAAGCAUAGAGAAAUUUAAAUACAUCUGGUUCAAAUAGAAUGUCAGCUCCUAAUGAGCGAUCAUUUAGGAUUUAGUAGAAUAAGCUAAAAAAUUAAGAAUCUUAAAUAAAGCAAAACUAAGAGAAUAUAAAUAAUUAAAGCAUGUUUGAGUAAAAUUCUUUAGAAUUCCGAAAUAAGCAGGAAAGGUCAUACUCUAGUUAAGGACAUGCUAGAGUAAAGGUAUUAAGUAGAAGCUAAAAUAGACAGAUAGAAAAUCAGUAACUUAAUUAAAUGAAUUAAUCCUAAACGGUAAAGGCAAUAAAUUUAAAUGAAACUCAAAUAAUUAAUCAUAGUAGAAAUUAAUCUAGAUUAUCUCCUAAUUAAAGAGAAUCUAGCUUUGAAAAGAAAUACAAUACUGAGAAUUUCAGAAAUUUAAAGCAAAUGAAUACCACUGUAUAAUCAUAUCUUACAAUGAAAAAUAUAGAUUCAUACAAUAUGAAUAUUUCUUAGAUGAGUACAAGCUUAAGUAAAAGACCAAACACAAAAGGAAGCUCAACUAGAAAAAAAUAGCAAGGAUUUUCAACAAAUAAUAAUUAGCAUAUAUCUGUAAAUGACAAGUCUUUAAGUGAAAUGAAAAUGAAGUAAGAAUUAGAAAAUAUUAUUAUCAAUCCAUCAUUCAAAAUAAGCAACAAUUUUCAUUUCAUAAAUUCUUAUCUUUAAGAAGAGGAAGGAAUCUUGGAAGGACAUGAGAACAUUUAAAAUUAAAUAGAUGCUAAAAAGAAUAUCUUGAGUCAUUUAUAAUAAUUUUCUAAUAAAGCUAGCUCAGGUAAAGAUAUUUAAUAGUCAGAGUUUCGAAAAUCUUAUGUUUAAAAGUAUAUUUACCCUGAAGAUGAAUUUGCAAGGGAAGCUGACUAAAAAAUUAAAUUGUAAUUAAGUAAAUUAGAAGAAGGAAAAGAUUAAAAUCCUUAUCUUUAAAAUACAAAAUUUGAAAAUAAUUCUUAAACAUCUUUAAUGCUCUUUUAUAACUAUAUAAGAAGAAAAUUAAAGCAUGUCCAUAAGAAUGAAAUUCUUUAUAGCAGAGAUACAACAAAAGCUAAUUCUUAAGACCAAAAAAGGUCAUUUUAAGUGCAGAAUUCUACUGCUGUAAAAAAUAAUUUGAGAAAACAUAAAAAAUUUUUUAAAAGGAAAAAUUAGAUUUAAGAAUUAGAAUAAUAUGCUAACCAAAGUCUUUUGUAUAAUUAUAAUACUGAAUAAUAAUAUUUCCUAGAAUAAAACAUUAAUUAAGAAUAGUUAAUCAACAAAACUAUUUCUGAACUUCCAUUUGAUAUUUAUAUUGAAAAAAACAACGAAUUAGGCUAAAUCAAUGAAAAGUUUUCAAAAAAUCAAAAUGAAGGCUAGCAAAAAACAUAAUCUGAAAUUAAAUAAAGACAAAAAGAAAUUUUAACUUAAAUUAAAACAUAAAAUUAAACUAUUAAAAAAAAUGGGUCUUUACCUAUAACUCCUAUACCUUAAUAUUCAUGA